AUGCGCGGUAUCAACAACAGUAUUACCUCCGCGACUUGUUCUAUUUCUAAUGUAUUCCACCACCGCGGCCCAGGAGUCGUUGCAAACAAAAACAGUGCGGUCGCUGUAUCAGGGGCAGUAGCCUCAUCUUCGGACGCAAUCCAGACCCUGACUACUCCACCGUAUCAUGAUGCCGCCGCCAUUACUUGGCCCGUGCUAUCGACAAUGAACUCGCAGCCGGGGCGGCAGGGUGAUUUUAACGCGCAACGGGACGACUCGGGGAAGUUCCCAUAUCAAGGCUGCGUAGGAGCGCCGCCUCUUCUAGGUGCAGACCAAGAGGCCCGAGUACCGGGAGCUGCGCAUCUCCCUCCGCAGCAAUCGCUGGCCAAAAAAUUUGUGCCAACAGAUUCAUUGGUGUCUGCCGGUAAAGGCGCAAAUACACCCGGCCCGGUGAUGCUGGAAAGUAGCGGCACCGACCUAGUGUCUUCGGCGAGUCGUCUCUCCGGCCAGCCCAUGGUGAGCGCUGCGUUAGCCUCGCAAGUUUGUAGCGGCGGCGGGCAGGAGCAUGCGAGUAACAUUAAAAACGAAUCCGUGCCUUCUCUCAAUGCUUUUUCGGAUCUCGCCCACUCCGGACGAAGGCCACAAAGUUAUGUGUUUCGACAGGACCGGUCCACCAGUCGUGUGCCCGUUCCGGGCCAGUUGGGCACAACGGGGGUGACGGGUGCAUUUGCACCCUCCGGGGAAGCAAUGACGCAAAUCUACACUCCGCCCAUGGCCGCCGCGCCGCAUCUGCAAACUCUGCAUCGGCAUCGAAGUACUGUCUCCGCGCUUGCAUGCGGCAACACGAUCCAUCCCGCCUUUGGGUGGGAUGCAAGGCACAUCAAAGAAGAGUCGCUUCCCGUCGCGCAGGCAAGCGGCAACGUGCUCCAGCACCCUCCGGUCGUGGAAAUGUCCUGGCCCCCCCAGUGCAGCAGUAUUAUACCGGGAGGAGGAGCACCAGCGGGAGGUGGUCCUCGGGAAAGUCUGUUCAGCGCCAGACAGCAGCAGUUGCUGGACUCUCGCCGCACGAAGUUGCAAGCACGCGCAAGCGAGCGCGCCAUGGGGCUGUCGAAUUUGACCGGUUUGAGCACUUGGGUGGUAAAGCAAAAAACCGCACGGGACAGUAUAGCGCGGCUCGGCAACGCCAAUCCAAAUACCUUGAUGAGAACAGGAGGUGCUGCGGUGCACAUGCAACACGCGACAGCGCACCCCCACCACAAGUCUGGGCUCUUCUUUGCCAACCACCCGGGGACCACGCAGCAGCACCAGCAGCUGCAUCAGUAUGGGCCAGCUACGAGCGCAGUGUUCGCCUGUGCGCCAGGAGGUGGUGCUGGAUCUCACUUGUUCACAAAAAACAUUGCACUGGACGAGUCUACUUCGGCGGUGAGCCCGUUCCACGCACCCGUCCCACCCCCACCAUGGAGCCACCUUCCAGCACAGGACCAGGACGGGAAUGACGCAGAAGAAGCGCCGCGGCCGGACGAGGCUGAGGCAGCCGCUACAGCGAGAAAAGCAGACGAAGAAAUCGAGUGGGUAGAUUCGGUGGUGAACCCGAUGAAUGUGAAGAUCGCCGUUCACAGCGGGCCCUUCGCGGGGGGCCUGAUUCGCAGCAAGUUCCGCAUGGACUACCACUUGUGGGGCAAGGAGAUGCGCAAGACGAAGAAGCUCGUGGAAAUCUGUCCCCCGGGGCGCGUGCUCUGCUCGGGAGACGCGGCGGUCCUGCUGCAGAAGGACUUUCAGAAACGGGACCUCACACAGGUCGAACUGGACGCGGCGGC